AUGGACGUCGGGCGCAAGCUGUGGCAUGGCUGCAUCCCGGUCUGCUUCUCGAUCGACGCGUCCGAGAUCACGACGCUCCAGGUCCCGCGCCCCUACUACGCCAUGCUGCCCCGCGUGAGCUUGCUCUUCACCGCGACGGAGCUCGUCAUUGAGCACUUCAAGGACGUCGCGCCGCCCAUGCUCUCGGCGCGCACCGUAUGGUUCUCCAGUCGUGAUCGACCGCUCAAGUGGCAGCUCCCGUUUGGCGUCCUCUACGACCUGUACGCAGACGCGACGCUGCCGUGGGACAUCACCGUGCAUUUUCAGCGGUACCCGACAGAGCUCUUGCCGUGCGAGGACAUGGGCGCCGUCGAAGCCCAUUUUAUGAACAGCUACAAGCAGGCCAUGUACCUCUUGUACGGCUCGACCAAGUGGAUCAUGAACUUGCCGCAACAAAAGCACGCGCAGCUCUGGGAGGCCGUCAUGAAGAACAACUACAACCUGUACCACGAUGUGCACAACGAACUCGUGCCCCGCAACGAACCGAAGCGCCACGUGCCACUGCGUCUCGUGCUUCCGACAGAGCCCAUGGUGCAGCUUCCGAUUCCUUCCCAUCGCGAAGAUUUGGUCACGGUCGCCGAUGUCCUCGCCUAUCUCGUGCCCGACUUGGCGCUGGCGACGCACAAGGUACUCUUGCACGGCAUUCCGGUCGCGACCGACGUCGCGCUCGCCGAGAUUUACGCGUCGUUUGUCUACCCCGACGGCUUUGUGUACAUCACGAUGACGCGCGACUUGAUCUGA